GUUGGAAAUUCAACCUCCGCUGCUGUACCAUCAUCUCACCUUCUCCAACUUUAUGAGGACAAUCAGAACAUCAAAACGAUGCUGCAAAAAGUUAUUUUAAAUCAAAAAAGAAUUCUGUCCUGUGUUCAAGACGAAGACGAACAACGUCUGGAUGAUUUUGAUUUUGUCCCUUCUGACAAGUUUCCUCUCAAGACGGAGGAUGAUUUUGAGUUUAUCGAAGAAUACCUGUCAAUUAAAGUUCAGAGGCGUGAGGCUGUAAAGUACUUUACAAACUACUAUGCAGAAGACUGGGAUGAGUGGAAGUUCACUGGCAAACUCCUUUCCAAACUCAUUUCAAAUGACUUUGCCAAAAGUAUCAGUUGGGAGGGUACUGAGGGGUCAAAAAUUGCCUUUAAAACCACCAGGCUCAACCACACAAUAAGAUUGGCUGUCCUCAAAAUAUUCAACUCUGACCUCAGUCAAUCAGAGAAGAAAGUACAGAGGUGGUUUUACACCAGCAAACAACGCGGUAAAUGAUUCUCGCUUCCUUUUUGUUUUUUAACUUUGUUCA